UCCAAAGUCAAGAGUCUAUUUAUCGAUAGCCUCUUCUCUAUCAUGCACCACCAGCCCCGCCAAGCCACGUCUCCGCUUCACGCUUCUCCCGCUGCCAGCACCGCUGCUAAUCACUUCGACACUAGCGCUAAAAUCUGUAUGAGGUGUUUGGAUACCCUUGUCCGCUCCGAGGUCGCCGACAGCAACUCGGACAAGUUCGAUUUCGAUAUCUGCAAUAAUUGCUCUAACGCGUUCCUAUCUUCCUCUAACAACGGCCGGGAGCUUCGACGAGGAUCCGCCCCUCGACUUCUGUUGUCCAGCUCCUCUUCCGAUUUUAAACAGGAAGUUGCUGCCUCGAGAGCCGAGUGUCCGAUGCCAUCCAUCGACUUGCAGACUCUGAUGCUUUUAACGUCUCUGAUCACUUACUUCGCUGCUUUCCAAUUUCUUGGAUCCAAAUCAGCGGAAAAUGUGAUUAGUGUACUCUCUGCGGAAUGCGUGCAAUUUGCCAAGUAAGUUAAACCUUCAUCAUUAAUUCAGUAUACACAUAUAUGGUUUUUAGUUUCUCUGCUCUGGCUUUCGUAUUUCUGAUUGAUUAUUGAAUGAAAAUUUUGCUCCU